CGGUCUUGAAUUAAUUCUGUAACAAGAAAACCAGGCACUAACGUGAAAUCUUGCAAUGGCGGCAGCGACGGCUACAAUCGGAAACGGAGAAAUCCUUAUGCUGGAGGCAGCACCGGAUGUUUUGAAACCAUGGUCGAACGCUUCAAAUGCGGAAAUGGUAGACGCCUUACCUUACAUAGACGACGAUUACGCAAACCCUAACGUAAAAGCAGAGGUAGAUCGUCUUAUUGAAGAAGAGAUGCGCAGAAGCCAUAAAAAACCCUCUGAUUUCUUGAAAGACUUGCCUCCUUUACCUAAUUUUACUUUCCAGGAUUAUCCUAUGCUUGGUAAAGAAUACGAGCGAGUGAGAGCUGGAAAGCCGCCCACAAUGCUUGAUUUUUCAAGAUAUUCUCAUUUGGAUUUGCCGCCGGCUAAUAAAAUCAACGACGAAACUGCUUGGAAACAAGCUCUGCAAAGAGGACAACGUCUGUUGCAACAUCAAGUUAUCAGGCUGGAAAAUCUAGACUUGAUGUCAAAGUAUGCUCCGGAUGUUUGGAUACAGCACAACCGUAGAUUAGACACUAUGUUAUCCAGAUUGCAAAAGUAUGCUAAGGAGCAAAAUGAACAAAUAGAAACCGUGAAUCGUGAAAGAAAAUAUCAUCAGCAAAAUACUGCAUAUGAGCUAAAUGCUUUAUCCAUGCAAUGGAAGGAGCUUUGCCUAAAAAAUAUAGAAAUUCAAGCUGCUUGCAGUAAAAUUGAAUUGCAGAUGGAGGAGUUGAAGAAAGAAGCUAUCGAGAGGGGAUGGGAUUUGGAAGCUAACAUAGAGAAUGGCUCUUUAAUACGUCAAACGUGAUAAGGAAGCAAACUUUCAUGGUCGGACAUCUAUUUGAGAAUAGUCAGGAAUGAACAUCAUUAUCUGGUGUCGAACGUUAUUAUUGUCUAGCGAAUAACCUAGAUAACUGCACCGGACAUCAAUUUAGAAUACGAGUCCUUUAAAGUAUGUUUAGUUCUUAAGUUUAUUUUGCUCAUCUUGUUUGCCGUGUAUAUUUUUGAAUAAUACUGUUUCAUGAAUCUUAUUAUUCACAAAUAGAAUGAGAAAAUGAAUGUUUAGUUCUUAAGUUUA